AUGGAAUCGGAAAACGGAGGAUACUGUUCAUAUAAACAGCGUGUCGUGACCGAAAAGAUUAGUAAGACCCAAGUGUCCUGCAUCAGUAUGCUAUCAUUUCGCCACUUUUUGACAUACCGAUAUCUAUAUGCAUCUUGCAGUGCGCUUACACCUCCGAAACUGGGGGCGAGAUGGCCCAAGUGGUUAGAGCGCGAAUUUACUAACCGGAAGGUCCGCGGUUCGAAUCCGCCCUCCGCCACUCGACUUCCCCUGUCUAGGCUUAGGCAACCUGGCAGUAUCCCAGCCCUCGUGCUUCCUUCGGGUGGCAUGGCAGGUAGGCACCGGAAGGGUGCUACGGCUGAACGCUUUACACCUCCGAAACUAAUAAGACAAUCU